AUGGAGAGUCCAAUCAGAUACACCAAGGUUGAGGACUCCUCUACAUCUAUUAUAGUGACUGGCGGGCUUUCCAAAACGUACUCGGCAGGUGGCUGGCGCGUAGGCUAUGCAAUCCUUCCUCGAUCCGCAGCCGGGAGUAAGAUCAUGAAAGUUCUGCUUGCAUAUGCCUCUGAGUGCUGGUCCGCAGCAUCGUCACCAUCACAGCACGCCGCCGCAGAAGCUUUCUCUACAGGCGAACACAUGACACAAUAUCGAGAGUCUGUCAGAUUACUUCACGCGCACUGUACAACAAGACUCUACGAAAGUCUGCGAGACCUGGGUCUGAAAGUUGCUAAACCCAGUGGCGCUUUCUACGUGUAUCCGUCUUUCCAGCCGUACGCGAAGCAGCUGGCUAAGGUUGGGGUUCGAACUAGUGCCGAACUGUCUCAAUGGCUUAUCGCGCAGUGUGGUAUUGCAGCUCUCCCAGGUUCAGCUUUUGGUGAAGAUGAUGACGGUCUUGAAGGUGGUCGACUACGACUUCGCAUGGCUACAAGUUAUUUGUACUUCAAGGAUCAGGAAGAAAGAUACACAAAGGGUUAUGGACUGUUGCAGCAAGCGGCCGCUGGUCGAGAUCUGCAACUGCCUAUGUUAGAUAUGGCGAUAUCUGCCCUUGCAGCGGCAGUUGAGAAGAUCAAGAGUAUUUGA